CAUGUUGAGGAUUGCUCCGCUAACAAGAAGAGUGUGCAGUAUAUAAUCAUCCAUCGUCAAGUUCUUGAUUUGUCCACAAUAAGAGUAGAGAGGUCAUGGACAUGAGCCUCGGACUUGGAUGGCCGGAGGCCGGAAAAGGUUCCCUCUUCAUUGUGGUGGCCUUACUGAUCGGCUCCUUCGUGUACCUCUACGCACCGUAUUGGGGAGUGAGGAAAGUGCCGGGGCCGCCGGUGAUCCCGCUCGUCGGCCACCUCCCCUUGCUUGCAAAGCACGGACCAGAUGUGUUUGGUGUUCUCGCCAAGACUUAUGGCCCAAUCUUUAGGUUUCAUAUGGGGAGACAACCUAUAAUAGUCGUUGCUGAUCCAGAACUUUGCAAAGAGGUUGGAAUUAAAAAGUUCAAAAGCAUCUCCAACAGAAGCUUGCCCUCUCCAAUCUCAGGAUCACCUCUACACCAAAAGGGUCUAUUUUUUACCAAGGAUUCAAGGUGGUCUGCAAUGAGAAACACUAUAAUCUCCCUGUACCAACCCAGUCACUUAGCCAGCUUGAUCCCCACCAUGCAAUCUUACAUUGCCUGUGCAGCACAACGGCUCUCUUCAGAAAAUGAAAAUGAACAACAAGGCGUCGACUUUUCCAGUCUGUCCCUCAAACUUGCUACUGACGUGAUCGGGGAAGCUGCCUUUGGUGUCGACUUUGGCCUCACAGCGCCGGCUGACCGGAGCAGCAAAGAUGCUCAAGUCUCCGAGUUCAUCAGACAGCACAUUUACUCCACCACCUCCCUCAAGAUGGAUCUCUCAGGCUCCUUCUCCAUCAUCCUCGGACUCAUUUUGCCAGUGCUCCAAGAGCCAUGGAGGCAACUCCUGAAGAGGAUUCCGGGGACGGCGGACCGGAAGAUGGAGCAGACCAACGCGAAGCUGAGCAAGAGAGUUGGGGAGAUAGUGUCCAAACGGGCCUCUGAGAAGGACAGGGGCUCCAAGGACUUCUUGUCAGCCAUAUUGAAUGCCAGGGAUAGAGAUGGAGGAGCAUCAAGGAGCCUCUUCACGUCUGAUUACAUCAGUGCUCUCACGUACGAGCACCUCCUUGCUGGCUCAGCCACCACUUCCUUCACCUUGUCUUCCAUCGUUUACCUGGUCGCCAAGCAUCCGGCAGUGGAGCAAAAGCUACUCCAGGAAAUCGAUGGCUUCGGGCCUCCAACUCUGCUUCCAAGUGCUGAUGAUCUUCAGCACAAGUUUCCCUACCUUGAUCAGGUGAUUAAAGAGGCCAUGAGAUUUUACACAGUGUCACCACUUAUAGCAAGAGAAACGUCUCAGGAUAUCGAAAUUGGAGGCUACCUCCUCCCAAAGGGUGCAUGGGUUUGGUUGGCACCUGGAGUGCUGGCCAAUGAUCCAAAGUGCUUCCCUGAGCCCCACUUGUUUCGGCCGGAGAGAUUCGACCCCGACGGCGAUGAAGAAAAACGAAGGCAUCCGUAUGCGCACAUUCCGUUCGGAAUUGGACCGAGGGCGUGCAUUGGGAAGAAGUUUUCACUUCAAGAGAUCAAAUUGAGUGUCAUACACCUUUACCGCCAUUAUGUUUUUAGACACUCCCCUCUGAUGGAAUCCCCCUUGGAGUUUCAAUACGGCAUUGUGCUCAAUUUCAAGCAUGGCAUCAAGCUAAAUGUCGUAUCCAGAUCUUUAGCUUAGUGUACACUGAUUAUGUAAUCUCAACUUCUCCAUAUAAAUUACUUUACGUUAA